GAUGGUGUUGAGGUUUUAUCCACUCCGCAGGAACCUUUUGUAGGCAUGUAUUUUAAUACUUCUGAUGCUGCCAAAGACUAUUACAAUUCCUAUGCCCGUCAUACAGGUUUCUCUAUAAGGAUCGACACAUCCCGUGAGUCGAAGAAGGCCAAUGAAAAGACAAAGUAUAUCUAUGUUUGCCAGAAGGCUGGGGUCAACAAAAAAGAGAAGGUUGCUGAUGAUGGGCCAAUAACUGAGAAAAAGAUUGUGAGGCAAAGGCGCAGUGAUUAUGUAGAUAGGACGCACUGCCCAGCUUGCAUGAUUGUGAGGAAGACAUCCCCUGGACACUGGGAGGUUGUGAACUUUGAAAGGGAGCACAACCAUGAGUGUUUAAGAAAAUUCUCGCUCACAAAAUACUUGAAGUCCCACAGAGACAUACCAGCUGAAGAGAAAGAGUUCAUCAAGUUGCUCCAUGGAUGCUGCAUCACGACAACUCGUGCUUACCAGAUAAUGGCUGAGUUGUAUGGAGGUAUUGAAAACUGUCUAUACACCGAAGGUGAUGCUAAAAAUUUGCGUGUUGAGUACCGCGCUGAAUAUAGAGGUAAAGAUGUGAAGGCGGCGCUUGAGUACAUUGAAGAAUUGAAGAAGAAAGACCCGGAAUUCUAUUAUAGUUACACUCUUGAUGAGUUUGACAGGGUUGAGAAUAUGUUUUGGGUGGAUGGUGCAGCAAGGAGAGCUUAUGAGCUGUAUAGUGAUUGUUUGUCCUUUGACACUACUUAUUUGACCAAUGCCUACAACAUGCCAUGUGCUCCUUUCAUAGGGAUUGACAGGAAUGGUAUAACAAUCCAGCUGGGUUGCGGCUUUCUGAGGAAUGAGAAGACUGAGGGUUUUGUCUUGCUGUUUACUGAGUUUAAGAAAGCAAUGGGCGGCAAGGAUCCUACAAAUAUAAUAUCUGAUCAAGAUAUUGCGAUGAAGGCUGCUAUCGCAGAGGUAUUUGUCAGUUCAGUUCAUAGGAAUUGCCGUUGGCACAUUAUGGAAAAUGCUAGAAAGACAAUGGGUCCUUUCUUGGAUAGCAAGGGGGAUGGUAAGCAAGAGUUGGCGGAUGACUUCAAGGAUUGUAUUGACAAUAGCUUCACGCUGGCAGAGUUUGAGCAGAAGUGGCAGGCUUUUCUGGAUAAAUAUGAGCUCAACAAUGAUGAGAGGUUCCAACAUUUGUAUGACAUGAGACAUUGUUGGAUCCCUGAGUAUUUCAUGCAUUGUUUCUUCCCCUUCCUCCAAACAAUAGCACGGAGUGAAGGCUUCAAUGCUGUCCUGAAGCGCUAUGUCAACCCAAAGAACUCGAUACUCAACUUUGUGCAGCAAUAUAAGAAGAUAGAACAAAGGAUUUUCAGCAAACAAGAUUUGCAAGAGGCGGCCACAGCCACGAAGGUCCCACACUACUUGACGGGGCACCCUAUGGAGCAUCAGAUGAAGAAAGCGUAUACAAGGAGGUUGUUCAAUGUGUUUCAACACGAGCUGCAGUUAAGUUCGAGCUACUAUGUUGUUCGUGUUGAAGGGGAUGACUUGAUAGAUGUUGUUCCGUACAGACAUUGCCCUGAUCUGUUGUAUGGGACACGGACAUUUAGGGUCAUGUCGUCCAGGGUGGAGGGCUUGUAUAGCUGCACUUGUUGCAAGUUUGAGAGAGAUGGAGUGCUUUGCUGCCACAUAUUGAAGGUUUUUGACGCCCUUGUAGUCCGCGAGGUGCCUGAUCGAUACAUUCUCCCUCGAUGGUCAGUUGAGCCAGUGGUUGAUAGUGGGGUGGAAAUUGCCGCUAACGAGCCUCUUCAAGAAGCCCAGAUUACAGACCAUGGGAAGCAUGUUAUACGUUACAGCAGUAUGUGCACAAACUUUAAUAAGAUUGUGAGACCUUUUAUAGCUGAUGACGAGGGGUAUGCCAUAGUAUCAAAACAAGUGAGUGCCCUACAAUCUAAGCUUGUUGCUUUGGGGAAAAGGAGAGCGUCAAGUGUUCUUCCGGGGCUGGAGUGUGAACAAGUUGAUAUUGAAUAACCCGCUGCGCCAAGGCCGCAGAACAAAUCGUGCAAAAAAACAAGCUCAUCAACCGGAGGGGGUGGGGAUCCAAAUCUGUCACAACAGCCUAAUGGCUCGCAUGUUGCUGGUGCUGAGAUUGGGGACCCACCAAUAACAAAGAAGUAAGGGCGUCCAAGGUCAAAGAGAUACAAGACAGGGUUGGGGUUGCUUCCCCCAAAAAAACCACCGUGUGGCUAUUGUGGUUCAACAGAAAAUACCACAUCGACUUGCCCCGCCAAGCCGGCAAGAAUGCAAACAAAAGAACUCUCGGAUAAAUCACUAAAUGAGGUUGCUGCUGCGUGAAAAAUAAGAUGUGUUGCAGGGGGAUGCAUCUAACAUUUUUUCCACUUCCUUGUAAGUUAUUAAACUGCAAUUAGUGAUUUAUGAUUUUAUUAAAGCAUUGUGUGUGGUGAUGUAAUAAUGAAUAGUUGAUGAUUUUUAUAUUUCAGACUUGCUAUAUAUAUGGAUAAAUAUACUUUUAAUAAAACUUUGUGUAUGGUGGCGUAUGAAAAAAAAAGAUUGGAAAAUUGCA